AUGGUGCCAAAUUUUGGAUCCUCACAAAUCCCGUUUUCCACUGAGACUCCCACCAUUCCGUCAGAAAACACGGCUGUUACUACAACGGUUGGUAAAGCAAGAGCCCGUAGACGCACGAAGAGUGUUACGCAAAAACCAAAAGCUGCUGAACUUUCCAAAUCCCAAGAGUCGCCUUUGUCCCUGAGCACCAAAUCUAAAUUGGGAAGUUCAGAAGAGGAUUCCAAGAGUGCUGUUUCUCCCUGUUCAUCUUCCGAAGUGAACUCAAAUUCGAAAGAUGAUAGAUAUCUACAACGUCGUCUGCGCAAUAACUUGGCUGCUAAACGAUCACGGGACAACCGGAAACGUCGGGAAGACACAAUAGCUAUGCGCGCGAGUUACUUAGAGAAGUCUAACCUUGUCCUUCAAACGCAAAUUCUUGCACUAAAGAGGGAGAUUUGUAUGCUUCGAGGUAUUCCAUUUGAUCCGAAUUACCGAGCACGAGUUCCAGAAUCUCAUCUCUUGCCGACCCAGGAUGCUGUACCUCAAAACUUUUUCCCUGCCGAACUCCUUAAUCCUGCGAAUGUCCUUACCACCAGUUCAUGCUCAAUCGAACCAACUAUAGUACCGUCCACUGCUUAUACGAACGAUAUGUUCCUUGAGCAUUCCGUACUUGGUCAGAGGUGA